AAUUGGGAGGCGUUUUUGGUUAGUUCUCUGAAGAUGGCUACUGUUCUCCCAAAGUUUUCUGAUUUGUAUAGUUUGAAAGAAGAAGUAGGGCGUGGAGCUUUCUCAAUAGUUCGAAAAUGCAUUCAGCUCUCAACAGGUCUAGAAUUUGCCGCUAAGAUCAUAAAUACAAAACGUCUGUCAACCAGAGACAUGCAGAAGUUGGAACGUGAGGCCAGAAUAUGCAGGCUUCUGAAGCACCCAAACAUAGUUCGCCUAUACGAUGACAUUCAGGACGAAGGGUUUCACUACCUCGUAUUUGAUUUGGUAACUGGUGGUGAACUCUUCGAGGACAUUGUUGCUCGAGAAUUCUACAGUGAAGCGGAUGCUAGUAACUGUAUGCAGCAAAUUAUUGAAAGUGUGAAUUAUUGUCAUCAAAAUAAUAUUGUACAUCGAGAUUUAAAGCCAGAAAAUUUGUUACUUGCUAGUAAAUCCAAGGGGGCUGCAGUGAAACUAGCGGAUUUCGGUCUGGCGAUAGAAGUUCAGGGUGAUCAACCAGCUUGGUUUGGUUUUGCUGGCACUCCUGGUUAUCUUUCUCCAGAGGUUUUGCGUAAAGAACCAUAUGGUAAAGCGGUAGACGUCUGGGCUUGCGGUGUUAUUCUUUACAUCCUUCUUGUUGGAUAUCCACCAUUCUGGGAUGAAGAUCAAAAUCGAUUGUACAGUCAAAUCAAAUCGGGAGCAUAUGAUUAUCCUUCACCAGAAUGGGAUACAGUUACCCCUGAAGCUAAGAAUUUAAUCAACCUAAUGCUAACAGUCAGUCCUGCAAGGCGAAUCACAGCUGCAGAAGCUCUCAAGCAUCCAUGGAUUUGUCAACGAGAACGUGUCGCUUCCCUUGUGCAUCGUCAGGAGACGGUGGAGUGCUUAAAGAAAUUCAAUGCACGACGUAAAUUGAAGGGUGCUAUACUUACGACUAUGCUAGCCACACGCAAUUUUUCAACUGGUCGGGGUACCGUUCCAGGAAGUCAUACUUCUAUAACUAAGAAGUCUAAUGAUGGUAUUAAGGAAUCAUCUGACAGCUCUACAGCAGUAAUUGAGGACUCAGCUGAUAUAAAAAAAUUAUUGGCAUGUAGUACCAUUGUCAAAGCAGAGUGCUCUGUUGAAAGCAAAAAACAGGACAUCAUUCGGGCAACAGAACAAUUAUUAGCUGCUGCAGCAGCUGGUGACUUUGAACUCUACCUUAAAUUUUUGGAUUCUCAAUUCACUUAUUUUGGUCCAGAAGCAUGUGGGAAUUUACUUGAAGGAGCUGAUUUCCAUAAGUUUUACUUUGAACAAAUCAUUCCGAAAUCAGUUGUUCGUGCUAUUCAUACCAGUAUACUCAACCCGACUGUACAUUUAAUGGGUGAAGAUGCAGCUUGUAUUGCCUACACAAGACUUACUCAGUUCCUAGAUAAAUGUGGUAUGCCUCAUACACAACAAACAGAAGAAACCCGUGUUUGGGUAAGACGUAAUGAUCGUGGCUGGCAGAAUGUCCAUGUACAUCGUUCGUGUUUAUCAGCAGGCUCAGGUGGUGGUGGAUUCGCAAAUUGAUCCACCACUUACCCGCAAGACAAAAAUAUUAAAUUGUUUCUAUGUAAAGAAUUGUGAUUGGUAUACCACUUUAUUACGUUUAUUGUUACAAAUGUUAAUGAUUGUUGGAAUUUGUGCACGAACGAUUACUUGUAUAAUACAUCACUGAACUUAUGAAUACUUGUAUUAUCAGGCUAUAACAUCUACUUACCUGUCAAACAGGGAAAACGCAAUGUGUAUGCUACUUUUAGUGCGCAUUUUGCAACUUUUUAUGAUCUAUGUUCAUUCUCCUCUCACUUUUUGCUCCUCUUAGUAUCUCAGUUCACUUGAUAUUUAAUUCAUUUUGAUUUCCUUAGUAUUCUUCCUGGACUGUGUCAUGAUUUUUUGUUCACGGCUUGUUUUAAAAAGAAUAAAGUCCAUGCAAAAAAUCUUCAGUUUACAUAGUCCACACUUUUACCAUUAUUCGUUAUCGACUGUGAUGCUUUUCUUGUGUUCUGUAUUUUUGUUUAUCUUCGUGUUUAAAUCUCUAUGUUUAUGUUCAAUUAACUGAUGAAUAGUACGAACUGAUUGUAAUUUCGUAAAUGUUAUUCGUACAUUUGAUUCCUUCCACUUCAAACUACUUAUUUUUUGUUUCUACAUUGUCUGUUUUAUUAUGCUUUUCUUUCAUUAUUGCUACAUACUAUGCUUUCCAAAUAAGCAUGCAUGUCUUUCACUGCUUCGUACUUAUUAAAUUCAAUAAUAUUUAUCAUUAUCGUUGUUUCGUCCUGGUAACAUUCUAAACUUCUCCGUACGAUUGUUUGUCAAGCCUAAUUUAUUUUAUCAUCGUUGUGGUCUAUGGGCAAAUAAUUUAUUUCGAAUUAUUAUAUCUUGUUCCUGUUAUUUGUCUUUUAGAUUCUUAAACUUUUGUAUUUGUACCUGUCAUAAUGAAUAUCCUAUAAUCUUCCCCAUAAAAUUAAUCAACUACUUAUAUUUAUUUCAAUUGAAAUUAUGAUAUUUAGAAUUUCUGCAUCUGUCUUACUUUCUUGGUUUACAUAGAUUCGAAUGUACAUGAGUUGCGUUCAUAAACAUUUUUCCACCAAAAUAAAUUGAGCAUAUAAGUGUUAAGCGUUCAACAAAAGAGACAGUACUCGUGAUAUUAUUUUAACUUUCCUAGUCAAUUUGUCAACAUCUUUCGUUUGAGGUAACAAACCUUUUUCAUUUAUUUAUUUCUGUUCUUAUAUCAGUUUUUUACUGUAUGCUUCCAUUGAACCUAAAAAAAUUCAAUACACUUGUUUUUUGACCUUUAUAUAUUUUUCUUUAUUCUAAGAAUAUAUUAUUUUAUUCUAAAAACAGUUGCACAUUUACUGUGUUACUACAAAGGAAAACAUCAUUUCCCCUAAUUAUACGUAUGUAUUUGUGUUUAUAAUAAAUUUAUGUGUAACAAAGAAUCGGCCAGUAAGCUAAUUCCAAUGCUUUAUAUUGUUCGACGACCACUACAGUGGUGUCUUAUUCAUUGAAUAUAAUCUUCUGUUUUAUAGGCGCCUAUUUGUAACCGAGUCUGUUUUCCCCUAAUGUUCCUCUCUAGCUAAAUUUUGGUUUGCUCUUUAAGCCGAUAAAAAUAGUGAUUUCAGUGUGAAGUUUUCUCUCGGUGAUGCUAUGUGUACCUGUUACAUUUGUUUGUCUGCUUUUCUUAUUAUUUACUUGUUCCGUUGUUGUUAUUUUGUUUCCUACAAAAAAGGUCAAAACAGGUUCACUAACGGAUCUUUUAUGUUUCUUGUAUUUUCUGUUGUUAAGUAUUAUUUGAUUAGGAAGAUUAACCAUGACUGAAAAUAUUAUAUUUUAAAAAUUUACCUGCAACAAUUUAUCUGUAACCUCGUAUUUGUUUGGUUGUUUUCUCGUUAUUUAUUAUUGUUUAUUCCUCAACUUGUUUAUCUCAUUCAUUUUGCUCACACACACCUGCCCAGCUUACAUGUCGACUAGCUGGUGGAAAAACCAGAAAUACAAGGUUACUCUU